AAGACAGUUGGAUCUUUAUUAAGAUUUGUCGGCAAAUCAAUGAUUCCUGAAACACAAGAGGCAUUAAAAUAUAUACAAUGUGAACAUAAUGUCCACUCCCAAUGUAGGAAAUAUGGUGCAAUUUGGGACACACACAAUAAUCAAGUUCAGUCAGUGGUCAUCACCACCACCUAGCACGUCAAGUAACCAAGGCCGUAAUAAUAUGAUAUCAAGUAACCAAGGCCGUAAUAAUAUGAUAUCAAGUAACCAAGGCCGUAAUAACAUGAUAUCAAGUAACCAAGGCUGUAAUAACGUGAUAUCAAGUAACCAAGGCUGUAAUAACGUGAUAUCAAGUAACCAAGGCCGUAAUAACGUGAUAUCAAGUAACCAAGGCCGUAAUAACAUGAUAUCAAGUAACCAAGGCCGUAAUAACAUGAUAUCAAGUAACCAAGGCUGUAAUAACGUGAUAUCAAGUAACCAAGGCCGUAAUAACAUGAUAUCAAGUAACCAAGGCUGUAAUAACAUGAUAUCAAGUAACCAAGGCUGUAAUAAUGUGAUAUCAAGUAACCAAGGCUGUAAUAACAUGAUAUCAAGUAACCAAUGCUGUAAUAACAUGAUAUCAAAUAACCAAGGCUGUAAUAACAUGAUAUCAAGUAACCAAGGCUGUAAUAACAUGAUAUCAAGUAACCAAGGCUGUAAUAACAUGAUAUCAAGUAACCAAGGCUGUAAUAACGUGAUAUCAAGUAACCAAGGCUGUAAUAACAUGAUAUCAAGUAACCAAGGCUGUAAUAACAUGAUAUCAAGUAACCAAGGCUGUAAUAACGUGAUAUCAAGUAACCAAGGCUGUAAUAACGUGAUAUCAAGUAACCAAGGCCGUAAUAACAUGAUAUCAAGUAACCAAGGCCGUAAUAACAUGAUAUCAAGUAACCAAGGCUGUAAUAACAUGAUAUCAAGUAACCAAGGCUGUAAUAACGUGAUAUCAAGUAACCAAGGCUGUAAUAACAUGAUAUCAAGUAACCAAGGCUGUAAUAACAUGAUAUCAAAUAACCAAGGCUGUAAUAACAUGAUAUCAAGUAACCAAGGCUGUAAUAACAUGAUAUCAAGUAACCAAGGCUGUAAUAACAUGAUAUCAAGUAACCAAGGCUGUAAUAACGUGAUAUCAAGUAACCAAGGCUGUAAUAACGUGAUAUCAAGUAACCAAGGCCGUAAUAACAUGAUAUCAAGUAACCAAGGCCGUAAUAACAUGAUAUCAAGUAACCAAGGCUGUAAUAACAUGAUAUCAAGUAACCAAGGCUGUAAUAACGUGAUAUCAAGUAACCAAGGCUGUAAUAACGUGAUAUCAAGUAACCAAGGCUGUAACACGGCCUUACCCUGGGCCUAUCCAAAGUAACCAAGGCUGUAAUACGGCCUUACCCUGGGCCUACCCAACUGGGCAACACGUCAGUAGUAAGUCAUGUCAGUAGCUAUUCAAACGUCUAUGACAUGUUUUUGUCAACAUAAUACAGUACUUCAAACAAGGAACACACAUUCCAUAUCAAUAGACAGCUGCUUCAGUCCAAAGGAUGACGUGAGUACAGUAUUGGGUGGUCUGCAGUUUACAACCUAACAGUCAACGGUAAGUCACCAGUUCAAAACGCACAUCUCAGACUCACACCCUUUAGUAGUAGGCUUUAAAGCUGCUACUUUGGUGUAGUGUUUUCAGGUGUAGUGUACUUCGGAGUAGUGUACUCAGGUGUAGUGUACUUCGGAGUAGUGUACUCAGGUGUAGUGUACUUCGGAGUAGUGUACUCAGGGUCGUAUGGAGGACGCCGUAGCAAAACGUACAAAGACAAGUGUUUCUUAUUGAAAAGUUCAGUUCGACAGUCCAGAUACAGUCCAGACAGUCAGUCCAGAUACAGUCCAGAUAGUCAGUCCAGAUACA